AUGGCCGUGGCGACUCAAAAGAUGCCCAAGACUCCUUCUGUGAUCCCAGGCGGAAGUAUCAAGACGUAUUACCAGAAUAAGAUCGAAGCUGCUGAAUUAAGUAUUACGAAGAAAACUCAAAAUCUCAGACGUCUUGAAGCUCAACGAAAUGCCUUGAACACCAGAGUGAGACUGCUUCGAGAGGAAUUACAGGUCUUACAGGAGCCAGGAAGUUAUGUUGGUGAAGUGGUUAAAGUGAUGGGAAAGAAGAAGGUCUUGGUCAAAGUCCAACCUGAAGGCAAAUAUGUUGUCGACUUUUCCCCGGAUAUCCCUCUUUCCUCUUUAACUCCCAAUAUCCGAGUGGCUCUUCGAGCCGAUUCUUACUUACUACAUUCUAUCUUACCCAACAAGAUUGAUCCUCUCGUAUCACUGAUGAUGGUCGAGAAAGUUCCUGAUUCCACAUACGAGAUGGUAGGAGGGUUAGAUAAACAAAUCAAAGAAAUCAAAGAAGUGAUUGAAUUACCAGUUAAACAUCCAGAAUUAUUCGAAUCAUUAGGUAUAGCACAACCUAAAGGUGUGUUACUUUAUGGACCACCCGGAACAGGUAAAACUUUACUAGCAAGAGCUGUAGCACAUCAUACAGACUGUAGAUUCAUUAGAGUAUCAGGGUCUGAAUUGGUGCAAAAGUACAUCGGCGAGGGUUCGAGAAUGGUCAGAGAACUUUUUGUCAUGGCAAGAGAACACGCUCCUUCCAUCAUAUUCAUGGAUGAGAUCGAUUCUAUUGGAAGCUCCCGAGGGGAGGGAGGAGGCGGAGGAGGAGAUUCAGAAGUUCAAAGAACGAUGAUGGAAUUGUUGAAUCAAUUGGAUGGUUUUGAACCUACGAAAAACAUCAAAGUCAUCAUGGCUACCAAUCGAAUAGAUAUCCUCGAUUCGGCACUCUUACGACCAGGUCGUAUUGAUCGAAAAAUCGAAUUCCCUCCCCCAAACCCCGAAGCUAGAAUUACUAUCCUCAAAAUCCACUCAAGAAAGAUGUCAUUACAACGAGGGAUCAACUUCAGAUCAUUAGCUGAGAAAAUGGGUCAUUGUUCAGGUGCAGAAGUUAGAGGUAUAUGUACUGAAGCAGGUAUGUACGCUCUGAGGGAGAGAAGACAAUACGUUGGACAAGAAGAUUUCGAAAUGGCUAUUGCGAAGGUAUUGAAGAAGAACUCAGAGAGCAAUAUGAGUGUCAACAAAUUAUUCAGUUAA